CGGGUAUCGCACCCUGAUUUUCAUAUAUCCCCAGGACGCGAAACAGCGCAUGCAGGAAUAUCACAUGGGGUGUAGAGGAGUGGAUUAUCUGCAAUUAUUGAUAAGCUGAUAAGCACUUUGAUCCGAUGGAACUAUGCGGCGGGUCACCAUUAUGGAACGAGACGUUGCUAUGGGAGAACACGUGGCCAGAGUUCACUUCCUGUUUCCAGGACACCGUGUUGGUGUAUGUCCCCUGCGGCUGGCUGUGGGUCACCCUCCUGCCCUACCUCAUCUACCUCCUCAAGUGUGCCCCAGGGCUGCCGCUGCCGACGUCGACUCUCAGCGUCGCAAAACCCAGCCUGUGUUUGGUGCUGGUCGGGUUCGAGGCGGUGAAAGUGUUCGCGGGUUUGGAUUCUGACGUCCACAGUCCCCCCUACACCGUCAUGUUCUACGUGGGACGGUCUCUGGAGGCUGUCACAUACCUGUUGGCGGCCAUGUUGUCGCUCCUGUGCACAUCUCAUGGAGUGACAACUUCAAGCAUCCUCUUCGUGUUCUGGCUGCAGCUGAGCGUGGCCGGCAUCAUCCCGCUCUACUCCAACUUCAUACAGGAGGUGUACACCACCCAGCCGUUCCUGUUCUAUGCGUUCCUCCUGCAGUACCCCCUUGUCAUCCUCCAGCUCAUCCUGCACUGCUUCGCAGAGAAGACUCACAACUUCAACGAAUACGACUAUGAGACGCCACAGUGUCCGGAAGUGAAAGCAUCGUUUAUCUCCCGGAUCCUGUUCUGGUGGAUGACGAAACUGAUUGUACUUGGCUUCCGGAAGCCGCUAGAUGGAGGAGACCUCUGGGACUUGCACCCACGUGACCAGUGUCACCGCGUGCUGCCCCAGUUCGAGGCUGUCUGGAGAGAAGAGCAACAGAAGUCCAGUUCAUCAUCCGUGCACAAGUCAGGCUCAUUGGGUAGUUUCCCGACCAGUUCUUCCGGCUCUGAUGAGCGAUGGCCGCUACUUUCUUCCGGGCGCCUGCGCAACCACCAGGGCGUGACGGACGGUGCCCAACAGAAGUGGCCCUCGCUGUCCCGCGUCCUCUUCAGGACGUUCUAUCCCGUCCUCCUCAAGUCGUACUGCUGUAAGGCCGUGUCGGAUGUGUUGCAGUUUGUGUCUCCUCUACUGCUGAGCGCCCUGAUCUACCACAUCGAGCUGGGGGCCGCCGACUACCCCUGGAAGGGGUAUGUCCUGUCCCUGGGGCUGUUCGUGGUCGCCUUCGUCCAGUCCUGCUUCUACCACCAGCACUUCCACUACGCGAUGACCCUGGGGAUGAGGAUCAGGACAACCCUCAUGGCCACCCUGUACAAGAAGGCGUUGUUCCUGAACAGCGAGGCUCAGAAGACGUCCACGGUGGGGGAGAUCGUGAACCUGAUGGCCGUGGACUGUCAGCGGAUUCAGGACAUGAUCAGCUACACCUGGAUGGUAUGGUCCAUCCCCUUCCAGGCUUGUUUGGCUGUUUAUCUGCUGUGGUCGAAAAUGGGCGCCCCAGUUCUUGCUGGACUCUUUGUUCUGUUCCUGCUCCUGCCCAUCAACGCCUACCUCGCCUACAAGCAACAGCAACUACAACGACUCAACCUCAUCCAGAAGGACAGCAGGAUCAAACUUCUCAACGAAGUGCUCAACGGAAUUAAGGUGCUGAAGCUGUACGCCUGGGAACCCUCAUUCAGGGACAAGAUUCUCGCCAUCAGGGAGAAGGAGCUGAAGAUCCUCAUGAAGAUCGCCUACCUCAACGGCAUCAGCACCUUCGUCUGGACAUGUGCCCCGUAUUUAGUGACGCUGGCGACGUUCUCUGCAUACGUGCUGACGUCCAAUGUUCACCUGGACGCGGGAACGGCGUUCGUGACGCUCUCUCUGUUCAACAUCCUCCAGUUUCCCAUCAACUUCAUCCCCGAGAUGAUCUCCAACACGGCUCAGGCCAGGGUGUCCAUCGACCGUAUAGACAAGUUCCUCAAGAGCGGCGAGUUGGACCCCACUAUCGUCGGAAAAUAUCCAAACGGAGAGUAUGCGCUGACCAUCAACAAGGCCACUUUCAGAUGGGACAAGGAAGGCCGAAACAUAUUGACCAACAUCACCCUGUCGGUGGUGGAGGGGAAGCUCGUUGCUGUCGCCGGCCAGGUGGGAUCGGGCAAGUCCUCCCUGCUGUCGGCGUGUUUAGGCGACAUGGAGAUCGUGCAUGGCAAGGCGAACCUCAGGGGCAGGAUCGCAUACGUUCCUCAACAGCCAUGGAUCCAGAAUGCAACAGUGCGGGACAACAUCCUGUUUGGGACUCAAAUGAACCGGAAACGAUACGACAAAGUUAUUGAGGCAUGCGCACUGAAGGACGAUUUAGACAUGUUGCCUGGAGGGGAUAUGACGGAGAUAGGAGAAAAGGGCAUCAAUCUGAGCGGGGGACAGAAGCAGCGCGUGAGUCUUGCACGUGCCGUGUACAGUGACGCCGACAUCUACCUCCUUGACGACACACUGAGCGCCGUCGACUCCCACGUGGGCAAACACAUCUUCAGGAAGGUCAUCAGUGACAAAGGGUUGCUGAAGUACAAGACUCGUAUUUUCGUGACCCACGCCGUUCACUGGCUCCCCCUGGUGGACACGGUGGUGGUUCUGUCUGAGGGGCGGGUAACUGAGAGCGGCUCGUACGUCAAGCUGAUGAUGCAUGAUGGUCCGUUCGCACAGUUUCUCAAGUACCACUUCUCCACCGAGGACAACGACACCGAGACAGACGAAGACCCAGAGGUUCGUGAACUCAAGGAAAAGAUGUGGCAACACGUGGAAUCCGUGACGAGCACGUCGGACUGCGCAACUUCCGGUGACGAGUUGAAUUUGGCGAUUCGCAGGCGCAGGCGCAGUAAGCUGACGGCCUCUACCGGAAGCAGCACCUCGGACGAGAGACGCCAGUCUGAUGUUGAUGCCGGCAGACUCAUAGAUGAAGAGAAGGCAGAAACUGGCAAAGUGAAGUCAUCUGUAUUCAUCAGCUACAUCCGGGCGGUGGGCGUGUCGGCCACGUGUGUUAUAUUCCUACUGUUUGCCUGCUACCAGGCGGCGAGUGUAGCGGCCAACAUCUGGCUAGCCAGGUGGACGGGGGACGAACCCUCCCCCAACUCUACCACAGACCCCACCCUGCCCGUAGACCGGUACUACCUGACCAUCUACGGCGUGCUUGGAUGCGCUCAAGGGUUUUUCGUCCUCAUCUACGCUUUCCUGGCGUCUACGAGAAUGGUUCGCGCCGCCCGGACCCUCCACCACGACAUGCUGACCCGGACCAUCCGCUCGCCCAUGUCCUUCUUUGACACGACACCUAUCGGCAGAAUUGUGAACCGUUUUGCACGUGACGUGGAGACCAUUGACAACAAAAUGCCGCGUAUCAUGUUCAUGUACGUGACCACCAUCUUCUCCGUGUUCAGCACGCUGCUCGUCAUCAGCAUCAACACCCCGCUCUUCCUCGCAGUGGUUAUCCCCCUUGUCACAUUCUACUUCAUGGUUCAGCGUUUCUUCGUCCCUUCCUCGCGCCAGCUAAAGCGGCUCCAGGCCACGUCCAGAUCUCCCAUCUUCUCCCACUUCAGCGAGUCCAUCAGCGGAGCCAGCUCCAUCCGGGCCUACGGAGCCACGGACCGCUUCAUCGAGGAGUCCAUACGACGCAUGGACAAGAACCAGAUCUUCUACUUUGCUGCCGUCACGGCCAAUAGAUGGCUGGGUAUCUGGAUCGAGUUCGUGAGCAGCUGUGUGGUGUUCGCCGCCUCCGUCUUCUCGCUCCUCACCCCCGGGAUCAGCGGCGGGGCGGUGGGGCUCUCCAUCACCUAUGCCUUACAGAUCACACAGUCUCUCAAGUGGCUGGUCCGCACCCUAAGUGACCUUGAGACCAACAUCGUGUCAGUGGAAAGGGUGAAGGAAUACUCCGACCUUGACACAGAGGCAGAUUGGGUCAACUCCGACUACCGGCCUGGUCACGACUGGCCUCAGACAGGAAGUGUAGAGUUCAAGUUGUACACCACGCGAUACAGACCCGGCCUUGACCUGGUUCUGAAGGGUGUCACGUGUCGCAUCAAGGGCGGGGAGAAGGUGGGUAUUGUCGGACGGACGGGGGCCGGGAAGUCCUCCCUCAGCGUGGCCCUAUUCCGCCUGGUGGAAGCGGUGGGCGGCAGCAUUGAGAUAGAUGGUCACGCGAUAGAACGUCUUGGACUUCAUGAUCUUCGGUCAAGAAUUACAAUUCUGCCGCAGGAUCCAGUAUUGUUUUCCGGUUCACUCCGGAUGAAUCUGGACCCGUUCGAGCGGUAUAGCGAGGACGCCGUGUGGCUGGCGCUACAGCAAGCCCAUCUGAAGCAGUUCGUGGCGAGUCUGUCAGAGGGACUGGAUUACCAGUGCGGGGAGGGAGGGGUCAAUCUCAGCGUCGGUCAGCGGCAGUUGGUGUGUCUGGCCCGAGCGCUGUUGCGGAAGUCCAAGUUGCUGGUGUUGGAUGAAGCUACGGCCGCCGUUGACCUCGAGACGGACACUCUGAUCCAGGAGACAAUACGCGCAGAGUUCACCAACUGUACCAUAUUGUCCAUAGCACACCGACUACACACCAUCAUGGACUAUGACAGGAUACUUGUGAUGGGCGCUGGGGCUGUUCUGGAAUUCGACCAUCCUCACGUCCUGCUGAUGAACAAGAGCAGUCACUUUUACUCACUGGCCAGAGAUGCGGGGCUGGUUUAGAACACGGCACUACAUGCGGGGACAGUUGAGGACACAGCUCGAGAUUCGGGGAUACUUAAGGACACAGCUCGAUAUUCGGGGACAGCUGAGGACACAGCUCGAGAUUCGGGGACAGUUGAGGAGACAGCUCGAGAUUCGAGGAUACUUAGGGACACAGCUCGAGAUUCGGGGAUACUUAAGAACACAGCUCGAGCUUCGGGGACAGUUGAGGACACAGCUCGAGAUUCGGGGAUACUUAAGGACACAGCCAGGGCACCGCGGCGAUUGUAGGGGGCACAGUCUCUUCAGCUCUGUGGUCAUAGAUGCGGAAACUACAGCCAGAGAUGCGGGGCAACCAUCCGAGAUGCAGACGUGAUGACAGUACCAUCCAUGAGUUUAUCUUCAUCGCUUUAACUGCCAUUAUUCAUUAUCGACUCUGCAUUUUGUGAGUUGCUGCUUCCAAGGGUGAUCUUUUAUAGGAAUGGUCACUCCUUCGGCAUUUCAUAACAAUUCGGGGCGGUCGGGUAGCCCAGUGGUUAAAGCGUUCGCUCGUCACGCCGAAACCCGGGUUCGAUUCCCGACAUGGGUACAAUGUGUGAAGCCCAUUUCUGGUGUCCCCCGCCGUGAUAUUGCUGGACUAUUGCUAAAAGCGGCGUAAAACCAUACUCACUCACUCAUAACAGAUCAUCUCCGUAGAGCCCAUGUUUGUUGCGGGAGCUGACUACAAUUGGAAUCGGAUGGGUACAAUAAGCUAUUGAAUAGAGAUCAAGGUGUGUAUCAGUGUUCGAGCCUUCAAACACUGACGUCCAUGGUCCAGGCUAGAUUGUUGACAAGCUUUCCUAGUGUAUGUGCUAAUCAGGACUUUAAGAUCACCUGAUGGGAAACAACUGCUCGUAGGUUGUUGCCUGUUUGUCUGGAGGUGUCCAUUGGAUGCAGCCAUAUUGAAAAACCUGUUAGUGGCAAUUUUAUGUUCAAUAAGACAUGAAUUAGAAGUCAGACAUGUUCCUUUUUGGGGAUAUUUUAAGGUCAGACCUCGAAUCAAUCUCUCCCUAAAGGCCAUGAUCUUAAGUCCCUCAAAAUGCAUUCUUGGAUCUGUAAACCUAACUUAUUUACAGAAGCUCGAAUCAUGUUUCUAAUAUGGCCACCAUGGCAGCCAUAUUGGAAAACCUGAAUUUGUCAUUACUCAUCCAGUUUUUUCGCAUUUGGUAUAUAUACUCACCACCAAAAGAAACGUGAACCACGUAGAGGAGUAUGUACUUUAAGAAGAGAUGUUUCCAACGUAUACCAAUUUAUGACAACACUAACAAUCAGUCAAAUGUUACCACAGUGUGUCUUUAUUCUUAUCGCGAUAUGCUGCACGUGAUGUCAAAACUUUACAGCUCAUCCUGCCCGAGACAAAUCGUCAUGGAUCUAUGACGUCACAUGUGAUGCGUUCAUGAGCGUCGGUUCACACAACAAACCAGUCUGUUCAUUUGUGCAUCGAACCAAACUAAUAUCUCUUGAAUAUGAGUAAUUCUUCAUGUAUUAACCAAAAUGUAUCGUAUUCGUGUUUCUUUUGGCAGUGAAUAUAUAUAUAUAGAAACCUAUGAUUGUGGAUUCAAAUCUCGGUUCGCCCCGAUUAU